AUGCUGUCCCUGUCUCGGGCAGUAGUGAGCGCGGUGGCACUGGUGCCAGCUGCUGUCAGUCAAGGCGGUGUGACAACGAUCAAUAGAUUCAAUAGUACAGCUCAGAAUGCUCCUAAGAAAACAAAAUUUGGACCCUUGGCAGAUGAGGAUAGAAUUUUCACAAACCUUUACGGCCGUCAUGACUGGAGGUUGAAGGGGGUUGAGCGUGGUGACUGGUACAAGACUAAAGAGAUCCUGUUGAAAGGUGUAGACUGGAUCCUCAAUGAAAUUAAGGUGUCUGGCCUGCGUGGAAGAGGUGGAGCUGGUUUUCCUACUGGCAUGAAAUGGGGUUUCAUGAACAAGCCAAGUGAUGGCAGACCAAAGUACCUGGUGGUGAAUGCGGACGAGGGGGAGCCUGGCACGUGUAAGGACAGAGAGAUCAUGCGACAUGAUCCACACAAGCUCGUGGAGGGUUGCCUCGUUGCUGGAAGGGCCAUGGGGGCCCGUGCUGCCUAUAUCUAUAUCAGAGGAGAAUUCUACAAUGAGUCAUCCAACCUUCAGGUGGCAAUCAAUGAGGCCUACGCUGCUGGACUUAUUGGAAAAAAUGCCUGUGGGUCUGGUUAUGAGUUUGAUGUCUUUGUGAUGCGUGGUGCUGGAGCAUACAUCUGUGGAGAGGAAACUGCUCUUAUUGAGUCUUUGGAGGGGAAGCAGGGCAAGCCUCGCCUCAAACCCCCUUUUCCUGCUGAUGUGGGUGUGUUUGGUUGCCCAACAACCGUUGCCAAUGUGGAGACCGUAUCUGUGGCCCCCACCAUCUGUCGUCGUGGAGGAUCGUGGUUUUUGAGCUUUGGUAGAGAGAGGAACUCGGGCACGAAGCUCUUCAACAUCUCUGGCCAUGUUAACCACCCGUGUACUGUGGAGGAAGAGAUGUCUAUCCCCAUGAAAGAACUCAUCGAGAAGCAUGCAGGUGGAGUACGUGGCGGCUGGGAUAAUUUGCUGGCUGUAAUCCCUGGUGGCUCCUCAACACCCCUCAUUCCCAAAAGUGUAUGUGAGGAAGUUCUCAUGGACUUUGAUGCCCUCAUCCAAGCUCAGAGUGGUCUGGGCACAGCUGCUUUGAUUGUCAUGGACAAAUCUACUGACAUUAUCAGAGCUAUCGCGCGCCUGAUCGAGUUCUACAAGCACGAGAGCUGUGGCCAGUGCACUCCCUGCAGAGAGGGAGUGGAUUGGAUGAACAGGAUGAUGUGGCGUUUUGUGCAGGGUAAUGCGCGGCCAGCAGAGAUAGACAUGAUUUGGGAGCUCAGUAAGCAGAUUGAGGGACACACCAUCUGUGCCCUUGGUGACGGCGCAGCCUGGCCCGUGCAGGGAUUGAUCAGGCACUUCAGGCCUGUGAUGGAAAGCCGAAUUACUGAAUUUCAGAAACAGCAGGCCACAGCAUGAAUGGUUCAUCUCCUUGGACUUGUUCCUUUAAACCUACAUUCUUCUCAUUUGCAAAUUAUUUAAAACGAUAAUGUGCUGUCACAUCAUCACCAGGUUUCUGCAUUGGUAUGUCUCGUGUCUUGAAGUAGUUAAUAAAGUGACUCUUAAAUCACUUUA